AUUGCUCCGUGGUGUUUUUCUGGGAGGAGUGUGGCAGGGAAAGAAAACAGCAAUAACUAAUGGUAGGCUACAAACCUGGCAGUGUGAGACGUGGACGGAACCAGAUAGAUGAAGUUCCUCAGGAAUACCUUUCCUAGACCGUCUUUUAGAUGACCCUGUCGGUUCACACUUUUAAUGACCGAGCAGGUAAACGGGACUCGUGAAUAAAAAGAGAGCAGGCGGAGACGGCGACAUCAAAGGGACUAGAUGCAGCUAUAGCACCGUUCAGACCAUUAUUUAACACACACGAGCAGCCUCUCAAAGCACGGAGUGAGUUAGCUUUGUAGCAAGCCACUUCUGGUAAUUGUUUGCGUUUUUUUGUUGCUCAUAUUAGGCUAAGCCCACACUCCAUAGCUGCUGCUUGCAUGUAUGGCCGCUCUGAUAGUCUACGAAUACGUUUAAUUUUCCUUUUAAGCUUUUCUCCCCUUCGGAGCCUCCUGGUUUUGUCUUUUCAGGGGAAGAAAAGACGUGCGCACGCGCGUCGCGUACCGCUACUCAUAAAAACAACAGUAUCUUACCAUAGGCUAAUAUUUUGUGAACCGUACCCUCCCAUGCCGAAGAAGAAUCACAGUUUGUAGACUCGUUGCUGAGUAGCGUUUUCCCGUUUUCUUCGGAUAAGUAAACAGUACGGCUGCUGCACUUCGAGUUUUUUCCCUUUGUUAUUCAGACCGAGACAAGCAGAUAGCUCCAGCUGAAGCAACACGGCUCUCAUUUUUGAGACCUGUAUGUUUUUUGGAAAACUUUUCAGCCUCUCGGUAUUCUCAGUGCUGAAAGUUGGAGAAGGAGCCCCCUUUGUAGUCACUCUCCUCACAUCUCUCCCUCCACAAUAAGUGGCACAUUGGAGGUAUGGAGGACCAGGCCCGCAUGAUGUUGGGUCAUAUUGGACUAAAUGGACUGUCUCAGGGGGGUGUGGGUGAUCCUGACAACAUAAGGAAACAUCACAACGUCGGUCAGCCGCAGCAGGACAUUGGUGACAUCCUCCAGCAGAUCAUGGCCAUCACAGAUGAGAGUCUGGAUGAGGCCCAGGCCAGGAAACAUGCUUUAAACUGCCACAGAAUGAAGCCUGCCCUCUUCAGUGUCCUGUGCGACAUCAAAGAAAGGACAGCCCUGGGUAUCCGAGGGGUCCAAGAAGAGGACAGUCCAGACCCUCAGAUCAUGCGACUGGACAACAUGCUGUUAGCAGAGGGGGUUGUGGGCCCGGAGAGGGGCGGGGCCUCUGCAGCGGCAGCAGCGGCAGCCGUGGCAGCCGGAGGGUCACCUGAUGAAGGGGGCUUACAACAUACCGAGUACAGAGAGAAGCUCGCUCAGAUACGAAAGAUGUACCACGCUGAGCUGGAGAAAUAUGAACAGGCAUGCAAUGAAUUCACCGACCAUGUGAUGAACCUGCUGAGGGAGCAGUCCCGUACGCGACCCGUCUCACCUAAAGAGAUAGAGCGAAUGGUGGGAAUCAUCCACCGCAAGUUCAGCACUAUCCAGAUGCAGUUAAAGCAGAGCACAUGUGAAGCUGUCAUGAUCCUGCGCUCCAGGUUCCUGGAUGCCAGGCGGAAACGAAGAAACUUCAGCAAGCAGGCGGCAGAGGUUUUGAAUGAAUAUUUUUACUCCCAUCUGGCAAACCCCUAUCCCAGUGAGGAGGCCAAGGAGGAGCUGGCCAGGAAGUGUUCCAUCACUGUUUCUCAGGUGGCCAACUGGUUUGGAAACAAGAGGAUUCGGUAUAAGAAGAACGUUGCAAAGCUCCAGGAUGAAGCUAGCCUGUAUACUAGGAAGUCAGCUGCCAGUGUAUCUUCACAGGCAAGCCAAGCCAACUCCCCAGCCACACCAAACUCAGGAGGAUACCCAGCCCCGUGUUACACUCCUGAUGGGAGGUAAUGAGGACCUGCCUGGAGAACUCUCUUCCCUCCUCACGGUCUCCAUCUAAAAUCCCGUCCCACUCUGAAUGUCUGUUUCUGUAGGUUGAUGAUGGCCGGCAGGACAGUGGUGAUCCCUCCCCCCACUCAGAGCACCAGGCAGCAAGCACUACAUCACCUGCAGCUGAUGCUUCACCUUCCCUUCCCACUCCCCAUCCUGCUCCUCAAACUAAUACAACCCAGACUGUAGGCUGACCUCCAGCCGAGCCACAAACAGACUCUUCAGCAUUUCCAAAACUCUGCGACUUUUACCUUUUGUUUUGCUUUGUGAUGCUGGUCCUUUCCCCACAUCUCUCCCACAAGUUUUUUUUAACCCCUCUACUUUAUGAAUGUGUUGACACCUCUAUAUUUUUGUUUCUUUUUACAAUUACCCACCACAUUUUUCUUCUAUUUAAAAAAAAAACAUAAAUAAAUGAUGAAAAGAUCUUUUUUUUUUAUGUACUGCAUCACGUGUGAUGGUUUAGGGCCUGAAUGUGGCCUUGAACCAGAUGUGGAUUUAUCAUUUUAUUUAAAAAUAUAAUAAUUAUAAUUAUUCUUAAUUAUAAGAAUUAAAAGAAGAAAAAAUUAGAUUAGAAAAAAAAUGAGAAAAAAAGGACAAAAAGAAAGCAUGUAGUUAUUUUUUAGAUGUUAAACUACGAUUUUAUUAUUUCUUUUUUCUUUUAAGUUUUUUAAGAAAAAGGUUGUCACUGCGAAAAUGCAUUGAAAGAGUACAACAAAAACAUCUAAAUGGCAAAAAUGAUUAAACACAUUGUCACUUAUUACAUUUUUGUAUCCUGUGGUGUUGCUUCGGACAAGAACUGGGUUUAAGUUUGUUUGUAUUUAUAUGAUUGUAAAUACAAUAUUGCUUUAACAAGUAAUUAUGUUUCUUAAAAGCAACCAAACCAAAGAAGCUUUAACCCAGGAGAUCAGGUUCUGUGUGUUGUGUCCAUGAGCACACUUGAGCUAUUUAAUCAGGUCAAAUAGUUAUGUUCAGUUUCAGAUCAUACAGUAAUGUAUGACAGACCAUGUGUGUUUUUACUCUUCUGUACCCUCUAGUGUUGAGCAGUGCCACUGCAUCUAAUUAGCUUCUGGAUAUUUUGAAACAACUGUUUUUCCUGCCAAACCACGCUAAACCAGGAAUGUUUUCUCCAAAAACUCUUGUUUUUGCUGCCUUUCUUUGUUUUCUUUUUCUAGUUAAUAUUAAAUGGCGAAUGUCAACAAACCCUGAGACCUGAUUAACAGAGAACAGGCUUUAUAUCUAACUCUAUUAGUCAUUUAUCUGCUGGAGGAGCUGCUGAGGUGGACAAUUGUCCUGGAGUAUUUGAUAAUGUAGUGAAUGCCACACGAUGUAAUAGCUUGUUAGUAUGAUAAAAUGCCCCUCAAUUGGUCAAAAAUGUAAAAAACAACAACAUUGCUGCAAAUGUAAAUUGUUGCAAUAAAUUGUGAUUAUGACUUGACAGGAUACAAUGUACCAAUAGGAUGAUGAUGUAAUAAUAAUUACAUAAUAUCCUGAGUCUUAGAAGGCUAUUAUUUAAUUAGUUAAAACUACACUCCUUAAAAAGUUAUAAUAAUUGCUCUGUGUAAAUCUGUAAUGUUACGUUAUCCAGAAUGUGUUGUAUUAACAGAUUUCAUUACUCGUGCAACCCGUUAAGAUGAACCUUUUUAUUGCAUUUUGUUAUUCUGCAAACAUUAAAGUCAACUGCUACAUAUCCUUUUAAA